AUGGAGCUGUCUGGGAAAGUGGUCUUCAUUGUCCUCCUAAGUUUUUCAUGCCAGGGGGAAAAGUGGGAAUCUGUUGAUAGAAAUUUCAUUUCAGCUGCUGGUCCUCUAACCAAUGGCUUACUGCACAACCUGAGCCACCCUCUGGGAAACCAGGGUUCUCAUUUGGUAGCUGGCAGUAGUGACAUUUAUGUUUGUCAACAGCCCUUGCCCUCUUUCCUGCCAGAGUUGUUUAGCAGUCUUCAUACCAAUAAGAUUACGCAUUAUAAAUUAUUCUUAUCAUGGGCACAACUUCUGCCAUCAGGAAGCUCCAAGAAUCCAGACGAGGAGGCAGUGCAGUGCUACCGGCACCUCCUUGAGGCCCUCAGGGCUGCAGAGCUUCAGCCUAUGGUCAUCCUGCAUCAUCAGACCCUACCUACCAGUGCAGUCCAGGGAACUGAAGUGUUUGUCGACCUCUUUGCUGACUAUGCCUCAUUUGCUUUCCACUCCUUUGGGGACCUUGUUGGGAUCUGGUUCACCUUUAGUGACUUGGAGGAAGUGAUCAUGGCUCUUCCCCACCAGGCAUCAAGAGCUUCCCGCCUCCAGUCCAUCACUGAUGCUCACAGAAAAGCUUACAACAUAUACCAUGAAAAAUACGCAUCUCAGGGGGGAAAGCUCUCUGUGGUCCUACCAGCUGAAGACAUCUCAGAGUUUCUGCUAAAGCCAUCCAUAUCUGCACUUGCCAAGGACUCAGUUGAUUUCCUCUCUCUUGAUUUGUCUUACAAAUGUCAAAGUGAGGCGACUCUACCACAAAAGUUGAGUAACCUACAGACCAUUGAGCCCAAAGUGGAUAUUUUCAUCUUCACCCUAAAACUUCAGGACUGCCCCUCUAGCCGGAAGAACCCUACCAGACAGUUUUUCAGCCUUUUUGAAGCCAUAAAUCAAGACCAAGUGCUCACCAUUGGGUUUGAUAUUAAUGCAUUCCUGAAUUGCUCAAGUUCCAGGAAAAGCACCUCUUGUUCUCUGACUGAGAGCCCAGCUUUUCAGACUGAGCAGCAGCAGGACCACAGGACACUUGGACCCUUGUACCCUGGCUCAGCCUACCAGAGGGUCUGGGAGACCUUUGGUAACCAGUCCAGGGUAGAAAGAGAUUCCUUCCUGAAGGAUGUUUUUCCAGAAGGUUUCCUCUGGGGUGUCUCCACAGGAGCCUUUAAUGUGGAAGGAGGCUGGGCUGAAGGUGGGAGGGGAGCAAGCAUUUGGGACCAGUAUGGACACCUGAAUGCUGCCAUGGACCAAGCCACGCCAGAGGUGGCCAGUGACAGUUACCACAAGCCGACCUAUGAUGUGGCCCUGCUUCGAGGACUCAGGGCUCAGGUGUACAAGUUCUCCAUCUCCUGGUCCCGGAUCUUCCCUACUGGGCAUGGGAGCAACCCCAGCCUCCAAGGUGUGGCCUACUACAACAAGCUGAUCAACAGCCUGCUGGACUCCCACAUCCAGCCCAUGGUAACACUGUUCCACUGGGACCUGCCCCAGGCCCUGCAGGACUAUGGUGGGUGGCAGAAUGAGAGUGUGGUGGAUGCCUUCCUGGACUACGCAGCCUUCUGCUUCUCUACUUUUGGGGAUCGUGUGAAGUUGUGGGUGACGUUCCAUGAGCCCUGGGUGAUAAGCUACGCAGGCUACGGCACUGGCCAACAUGCACCAGGCAUCUCUGACCCAGGAGUGGCCUCUUUUAAGGUGGCCCAUUUGAUCCUCAAGGCUCAUGCUAGAACUUGGCACCACUACAACCAUCACCAUCGCCCACAGCAGCAAGGCCGUGUGGGCAUCGUGCUGAAUUCAGACUGGGCGGAGCCCCUGUCUCCAGAGAGGACUGAAGACUUGGCUGCCUCUGAGCGCUACUUGCACUUCAUGCUGGGCUGGUUUGCACAUCCCAUCUUUGUGGAUGGAGACUACCCAGCCAUCCUGAGGAGGCAGAUUCAACAGAAAAAUGAACAGUGCCCCAGGCCUGUGGCCCAGCUCCCUGAGUUCACCCAGGCAGAGAAGCAGCUCAUAAAAGGUUCUGCUGACUUUCUGGGUCUGUCUCAUUAUACCUCCCGCCUCAUCAGCAAAGCCCGACAGCACACCUGCAUCCCAAGCUAUGAGAACAUUGGAGGGUUCUCCCAACAUGUAGAUCCUACUUGGCCCCCAACCUCAUCUCCUUGGAUUCAUGUGGUGCCCUGGGGUAUACGAAGGCUGUUACUGUUUGCAUCUGAAGAAUACACAAGAGGAAAAGUUCCAAUCUACCUGGCAGGGAAUGGCAUGCCCAUAGGGGAAAGUGAAAACCUUUUUGAUGAUUCCUUAAGAGUGGACUACUUCAACCAGUACAUCAAUGAGGUGCUCAAGGCUGUGAAGGAGAACUCAGUGGAUGUUCGUUCUUACAUUGCUCGUUCCCUCAUCGAUGGCUUCGAAGGCCCCUCUGGGUACAGCCAGAGAUUCGGAUUGUACCAUGUCAACUUCAAUGAGAGCAGCAAGCCAAGGACCCCCAGGAAAUCUGUCUACUUUUUCACCAGUGUUAUUGAAAAGAAUGGUUUCCUUGAGAAAGUGGUAAAAAGACUUCAACCACCAUCGACGGCCCACUUCCCCUCCAAAGCUAACACCUUUUCAUUUCCAUCCGAGGUGCCCUCCAAGGCUAAGGUAGUAUGGGAAAAGUUCUCCAACCAACCCAAGUUUGAAAGAGACUUGCUCUACCAUGGUACAUUCCGGGAGGACUUUCUGUGGGGCGUGUCCUCUUCAGCCUAUCAAAUUGAAGGAGCUUGGGAUGCUGAUGGCAAAGGCCCCAGCAUUUGGGAUAACUUUACCCACACACCAGGGAGCAACAUCAAAGACAAUGCCACUGGAGACAUAGCCUGUGACAGCUACAACCAGCUGGAUGCGGAUCUGAAUAUGCUUCGAGCUUUGAAGGUGAAUGCUUAUCGCUUCUCUAUCUCCUGGUCCCGGAUUUUCCCAACUGGAAGAAACAGUACUAUCAACAGUCAUGGUGUUGAUUACUACAACAGACUGAUUGAUGGCUUGGUGGCAAGUAACAUCUCUCCCAUGGUGACACUGUUUCACUGGGACCUACCUCAGGCCCUCCAGGAUAUUGGAGGCUGGGAGAAUCCUUCUUUGAUUGAGUUGUUUGACAGCUAUGCAGACUUCUGUUUCCAGACCUUUGGUGACAGAGUCAAGUUCUGGAUGACCUUUAAUGAACCCACAUUCCAAGCAUGGCUUAGUUAUGGCUCAGGGGUAUUUCCUCCAAAUGUGAAGGACGAAGGCUGGGGCCCUUACAGGAUCGGUCAUGCAGUCAUCAAAGCUCAUGCCAGAGCCUAUCACACUUAUGACAAGAAAUACAGGCAGAAACAGAAUGGAGUCAUCUCACUGAGCCUCAGUGCACACUGGGCAGAGCCCAAGUCCCCAGGAGUCCCCAGAGAAGUGGAAGCAGCUGAUCGAAAGUUACAGUUCGUCCUGGGUUGGUUUGCACACCCCAUUUUUAGAACUGGAGACUAUCCUAAUGCCAUGAAGUGGAAAGUAGGAAACAGGAGUGAACUACAGCACUUAGCCACCUCUCGCCUGCCCAGCUUCACGGAGGAGGAGAAGGCAUACAUUAGGGGCACAGCUGAUGUGUUCUGCCUCAACACCUACUCAUCCAAAAUCGUGAGUCACAAAACACCCAGGCUAAACCCACCCUCCUACGAAGAUGAUCAGGAGAUCACAAAGGAGGAGGAUACUUCGUGGAUUUCAUCAGCAUUGCACAAAGUAGUGCCCUGGGGAAUGCGGAGGCUGCUGAACUGGAUCAAAGAAGAGUAUGGAGACAUCCCUAUCUAUAUCACCGAAAACGGAGUAGGGCUGGAAGAUCCCAAUCUAGAUGAUACCGACAGGAUAUUUUUCCACAAAGCCUACAUCAAUGAAGCUUUGAAAGCCUACAGGCUCGAUGGUGUAGACCUUAGAGGGUAUUCUGCCUGGUCGGUAAUGGACACCUUUGAAUGGUUGUUUGGCUACUCAGUCAAGUUUGGACUAUACGAUGUCGACUUCAAUAAUGUGAACAGGCCUCGGACAGCAAGAGCCUCAGCCAGGUACUACACAGAGGUCAUUACCAACAAUGGCAUGCCACUGCCCAAGGAGGAUGAGUUCCUGUACGGACAGUUUCCUGAGGGUUUCCUCUGGAGUGUAGCAUCUUCUGCCUAUCAGGUUGAAGGUGCAUGGCGAGCAGAUGGCAAAGGACUUAGUAUUUGGGACACAUUUUCUCACACACCCCUGAGAGUGGAAAAUGAUGACACUGGAGAUGUGGCCUGUGACAGUUAUCACAAGAUUGCUGAGGAUGUGGUAGCUCUGCAGAACCUAGGUGUAUCCCACUAUCGCUUUUCCAUCUCCUGGUCUCGAGUCCUCCCUGAUGGAACCACCAAGUAUAUCAAUGAAGCGGGCCUGAGCUACUACGUGCGUUUCAUUGAUGCACUGCUGGCCGCCAACAUUGCACCCCAGGUGACCCUGUACCACUGGGACCUGCCCCAGGCACUCCAGGAUAUGGGAGGCUGGGAAAACGAGACCAUUGUGCAGCGAUUUAAAGAGUAUGCAGAUGUGAUCUUUCAGAGGCUGGGAGACAAGGUGAAGUUUUGGAUCACGCUGAAUGAGCCCUAUGUCAUUGCUUACAAUGGCUAUGGCCUUGGGAUAGCAGCUCCAGGAAUCUCUUUCAGGCCUGGCACUGCUCCCUACAUUGUUGGCCACAACUUAAUUAAGGCCCACGCUGAGGCCUGGCACCUGUACAAUGACAAAUACCGGGCCCAUCAAGGUGGCAUCAUCUCCAUCACCAUCAGCAGUGACUGGGCUGAGCCCAGGGACCCCUCCAACCAGGGAGACGUGGAGGCAGCCAGGAGAUAUGUUCAGUUUAUUGCAGGCUGGUUUGCACAUCCUAUUUUCAAGAAUGGAGAUUAUCCCGAGAUGAUGAAGAAACGGAUCAGUGAAAGGAGCCUGGCUGCAGGCCUCAACAGGUCUCGGCUCCCUGAGUUUACAGACAUGGAGAAGAAAAAGAUUAAUGGCACCUAUGACUUUUUUGGAUUUAACCACUACACCACAGUCUUGGCCUACAAUCUCAACUAUCACCCUUCUAUCUCUUCCUAUGAUGCAGACAGAGGAGUUGCCUCCAUCUCAGACCGCUCUUGGCCAAACUCUGGCUCUUUCUGGCUGAAGAUGACACCUUUUGGCUUCAGGAAGAUCCUGAAUUGGUUGAAGGAAGAAUACAACAACCCUCCAAUUUAUGUCACAGAGAAUGGAGUAUCCCAACGGGGAGAAGCAGAUCUCAAUGACACUGCCAGGAUCUACUAUCUCCGUGGUUAUAUCAACGAGGCUCUUAAAGCUGUGCAGGAUAAAGUGGACCUUCGAGGAUACACGGUUUGGAGUGUGAUGGACAAUUUUGAAUGGGCCACAGGCUUUGCAGAGAGGUUUGGUUUGCAUUUUGUGAACUUCACUGACGUUUCCCUGCCAAGGAUCCCCAAAGCAUCAGCCAAGUUCUAUGCCUCUAUAGUCCGGUGCAAUGGUUUCCCUGAUCCUGCAGCAGGACCUCAUCCUUGCCUCCAACAGCUAGAAGAUGCUGAACCAACCACCAGCCCUGUGAAAGAAGAGGUGCACUUCCUGGGGUUAAGACUCGGCACCACAAAAGCACAGACAGCUCUGUAUGUACUCUUUUCUCUUCUACUUCUUGGAGUCUGUGCUCUGGCAAUUCUAUCAUUCAAGUACUUCAAGCAUUCCAAACAAAGGAAAACACAACCAAGCCAACAGGAAUUGAGUACUAUUUCUGCCUUCUAACAAGUUUAUUACCUCUUCAAGGUCUUCGAAGUGGCCUAGUCUUUGUAACUGCCUUUGUUAUCAUCAAAAUUGAAUCCUAAACUCUGUCCAUGUUGAAGGAGUUUGAGUUGUUCAUUAAAUAGGAAAUAGCUUCAGUAUUGGAAGUCCAUUAGGGCAAGGGUCUCUUAUGGAAAUGUCCAGAUACUAAACGGGCCCAGUAACUGAUCACUUAAUUGAACUUAACAAAGCUGUUGUUUCAGAGUUUUUAAUGCAGAAAAAAACCCAGAGAAAUGCUUUUAAUUUGAAGAAAUAGUUGAACUACAACGUCAUCUGUCUCCUUUUCAACCUUCCUUCUUGCCUCAUGCCAUGACUUUCAGAAAAUAAAAUCAGUACUAUGUCAAAUAAAAU